UUAAGCAUGAUGUACUUCAAAGCUGAUAUCUUUUAUAUGUUAAUUUUCUGCCUGAGACCUAUAAGUUGUGGCCGUGGUCAAACCUAUGAAGUGACACAAAUAGAUACCAUUGACAUUCCUGGUAAUCUGGUGGAAACAUCAUCUAGGAUAAUUGGUCGCGAUUCCACUAUCAAUGGAACCUGGGAAUUUCUGGAAGAAGUGAACGAUGAUGCUAAAAUGGAAAUAGGGAUAUUUGUUGAUACGGCCAAAAAUGGUGAUUGGAAACCAAGGGCAUUAAAGCCUCCUGUUCUGGGGGUGUGCACUUCUUUAAAGAGAUAUUUCAAUUCAUAUAUUAAAAAAUCGUUCAUAACUGGCGUAACUACAGAUUUCGAUUUUAAAAAUGGUGAUCUGUGCCCAGUACCCAAAGGAAAAUCUUGGAUAAAAAAUGUAAUACUAGACACCGAUAAAUGGAUGAAUGUAAUGCCAACAGGAUACGUCAAAGUGCAGAUCUCCUUUACAAAGGAUAAUGUUUUUGGCGGAGCAUUCGCUGUUAUCGUUAAUAUCGAAAACAAGUCGUCAUAAUAACUUUUGUUUUGAAAUGAUAAAAUAUAUAACGGAUG